AGUGUUCCGCAAUGCACUUGCAAAGGAUGGUUUUCCUCCGUCGGAUUCUAACAUGGCCACCUCAUGGGAAGUUUUCAGAUUUUCAGCAGAGAAGUAUCCUGGAAAUAAAAUGCUCGGCUGGCGAGAGUUUGCGAAUGGAAGGGCAGGGCCUUAUAAAUGGAAAACCUAUGAGCAAAUAUAUGAGGAAGUCCUUCACGUUGGUUCAGCUCUGUUGCAUCUUGGUGCUAAACCUGGUUCAAGAAUAGGAAUUUAUGGAGCAAAUUGUCCUCAGUGGAUAACGGCAAUGCAGGCUUGCAACGGAUACAGCUUAAUUUGUGUUCCUCUCUAUGAUACAUUGGGGUCAGGAGCUGCGGAUUACAUAAUAGACCAUGCAGAAAUAGAUUUUGUGUUCGUUCAGGAUAAGAAGAUGAAACAAAUUCUAUCCUCCAUAUCAGCUCGACGUCUAAAAUCUAUAAUAUCAUUCUCAUCGACGACUAAGGAACAAAAGGAUGAAGCUCGAAACACAGGCAUGAAUAUUUACUCAUGGAAUGAGUUUCUACAAAUGGGAAAAGAAUUUCCUUUAGAGCCUAUUCCCCCUAGAUCUCUUGAUAUAUGCACAAUUAUGUACACAAGUGGAACUAGUGGACAACCCAAGGGGGUUAUUUUGACGCAUGAAAAUAUUGCAACUUAUGUAAAAGGGGUGGACUUAUAUAUGGAACAAUUUGAAGAAAAGAUGACGGUGGAUGAUGUCUACAUCUCUUUCCUCCCUCUUGCUCACAUCCUUGAUCGCAUGAUCGAAGAGUAUUUCUUCCACAAGGGAGCUUCUGUUGGAUAUUAUCAGGGGGAUAUUAACGUUUUGAGGGAUGAUAUCAUGGAAUUGAAACCAACAUUUCUUGCGGGUGUCCCUCGAGUUUUUGAGAGAAUUCAUGAAGGUAUAAUGAAGGCAGUGUCAGAACUGUUACCACACAGAAGGAUGUUCUUUAAUCUUCUGUACAAAUACAAAUUGUACUGGAUGAAAUCAGGAUACAAGCAUAAGAAAGCUUCACCAUUAGCAGACUUACUGGCAUUUCGUAAGGUCAAGGCUAGGUUAGGAGGCCGUAUUCGCCUUAUAAUAUCAGGAGGCGCCCCAUUGAGUACUGAUAUUGAGGAAUUUUUGAGAGUCACUAGUUGUGCUUAUUUCUCUCAAGGAUAUGGACUUACAGAGACUUGUGGGCUGAGUUCAGUCGGAUUCCCUGAUGAGAUGUCCUUAAUAGGAACAGUUGGUGUCGCUUCAACAUUCAGUGAGAUUAGGCUCGAAGAAGUCCCUGAAAUGGGUUAUGAUCCAUUAUCAAUUCCGUCACGCGGUGAAAUAUGUGUCAGAGGGAAAACUCUUUUCUCUGGGUACUACAAGAAUCCAGAGUUAACAUCAGAAUCAAUAAGAGAUGGUUGGUUCCAUACAGGCGAUGUUGGAGAGAUGAGCCCUGAUGGGAUCUUAAAGAUUAUCGACAGGAAGAAGAACAUUUUUAAGCUUUCUCAAGGGGAAUAUGUUGCUGUUGAAUAUCUGGAGAAAGUAUACUGUUUUGCUCCAAUUAUUGAAGAUAUUUGGGUAUAUGGAGAUAGCUACAGAUCUACGUUGGUUGCGGUAGUGGCUCCACAUGAAGAUAACACUAAGAAAUGGGCAUCAAUGAAUGGUCUCAAGGGUUCAUUCAUAGAUCUGUGUGGGCUUCAGGAACUCAAACAUUAUAUUCUUCAAGAGCUUAAAGCGAUUGCUGAGAAAAAUAAGCUGAGAGGUUUUGAGCACAUCAAAGGAAUCAUUGUGGAUGCUCGACCUUUCGACAUUGAAAGAGAUCUAGUCACUCCUACCAUGAAGAAGAAAAGGCCCCAAAUGUUGAAAUGUUAUCAGGCUGAUAUUGAAAGGGUUUACAAGAACCUGGCAGAAGAGAGAAAGUGAGGUUUUGUGCAUUCAUAGGCCAAAAUAAUUACUGGAAAGACUUAGGGAAGAUUCACUACUUUAGCUUCUUGCUUCUCUAGAGGACCAUAUUUGAACUGUUCUAUGUAAUUCCUCGAAGGAUUUCAAUGAUGUGAAUGAGUGUUAAUAGUCGCUGAAAGAAUAAAAGCUAAAAGCUCAAAUCUAUUUUUUAAAGGGUUCAUUGCGAA